AUGAGAUCGCCCGUAGUGCUCCUGCUCCUUCUCACCCUCGUACUCACUGUCCACAUAGCCCGAGCUGAUGAGAAGUCUGGGGACAAGGCACAUGGCUCCGACGCCAACAAUGGUGGAGACCAGAGCUCCCAGGGAGAUGAAGAUGAUGGCCGGAAAAGCUCCAACAAAGGUGAUCACGACAAGAACUCUGGUAAUGGUGUAGGGCCAGUGAAGAAUCCACAUUGCCCCAAGCCGGGGAAUGGUCCGGACCCGCAUGGUGAUGGUCACGGGCCACCGAAGAACACCGACUGUGGUGAUGGACAAGAGUCGCCAUCACCAUCCGAUGACUCGGUCGGGGCUCCUUCCUACCCAGGCAAUGACCACCCAUCGUCGUUUCCUCCGUCCAUAGCUCCAAGCUUGCCACCACCGCCGUCGAGGUCAAGUCCCCCAGCCAUAGCACCAACCUAUAGGCAACCUUCACCAUCACCACCAUCAUCUAGCCCCCCAACUAUAGCUCCAACACAAAGCCUCCAGCCAUCACAAUCUAGCCCUCCAACCACGCCUCCAACCAACAAGCCACCUCCUUCGUCUAUGGUUCCGAGCUUGCUGCCGCCACCGGCACCAUCGAUGUCCAUUCCCCCAACUGUUGCACCAACUUAUGGACAACCUUCAUCAUCACCACCAUUGUCUAGCCCCCCAACUAUAGCUCCAACACAUAGCAACUUGCCACCACAGUAUAGCCCUCCUACCACGCCUCCAACCAAUCAGCCACCUCCACCAUCAUCAAGUUCCCCUGCAACACCGCCACAACAAUCUCCACCGCCAUCACAAUCUAGUCUUCCCACCACACCUCCAACCAACCAGCAAUUGACACGGAAGAACAAGUAUCUUACGCUCGUUGAUGUGCUCUCGGCGAGCAUGAAGACUGCGGGCAUCGGCAACAACUACCUCCUAGUGCUUUUACUGGCUGAUGAAUACAAGAAUCUCAGCAAGUACCAUGCGUUUGUGUGGGGUGUGCCCGACCAAGCAGAACUGCCAUGGAAAGUACUGGCACUCCAGUACGUAGGAAACUGA